AUCAAGGCCCUUUCAUUCCGGCUUUUUAUGCUAAUGUUAUUAUAAUGCCCAGCUGUAUGCAGUAGUAGUAAGAGCAUGCGCAGUGUGUGUAAAGAAUACGGCGAAGAUUCAAAGUUUUUGUUCAGUUUGUGCCAUUACACCAACACCAGACUAUGUUUGGCUUCCACAAGUCAAAGAUAUACCGGAGUAACGAUGGAUGUUGCAUCUGCAAAACCAAGUCCUCCAGUUCACGCUUCACAGACAGCAGUCGAUACGAAGAAACGUUCAGGCUCUGCUUCGGGCUGUCAGAGGACCGUGUUGGAGACAUUUGCAAUGCCUGUGUUUUAUUGGUGAAGAGGUGGAAGAAACUACCUCAUGGAUCCAAGAAGAACUGGAACCAUGUGGUAGAUGCCAGAGCCGGGCCAGGUUUCAAAAUGACAAAACCCAAGAAGAUCAAGAACAGUGAUGGAAAGAAGAAGAGCAAGCUAAAGAAGCUUCACAAGUUCAAGAGACAAAACUCGGAUGCCCACAGCACAACCUCUAGUGUGUCUCCGGCUCAGUCCCCCAGUUACAGCAACCAGUCAGAUGAUGGUUCAGACAUCGAGUCCAAACAAAGACGCUCCUCUCCCUCCAUCUUCUCAUUUUUGGACCGCUCCUACUGGAAAAGGCAAAAAGUCUGCUGUGGGAUUGUCUACAAGGGUCGCUUUGGAGAGGUGAUCAUUGAUCCUCGACUUUUCAAGCCUUGUUGCAGUUCCAAAAAACAGAAGACACUGGUAUCCACGCAGGUGUCCACGCGCCUUCCAGAAACACUUCCUCCACAGCUCCCACAAGACAUAAAAGAAACCUGGUGAUUGCUUUUGUUGUAUCCCCCUGUAGGGUUAUCCACGGCAUCCACCUGGAUUUGUCUCCAGUGGCAGACCUACCUUUCUUUUUCAUUUUUUUAAGUUUUUUUUUUUUACUUCCCUUACUAGAUGGUUUACUUAAUUUUUUUUUCUUUUCUAUAUAAUGUUCCUUUUUUAUCAGGAUAUUUUUUACGGAGUUAAUUUUCCUUUUUUAAAGAAAGCAAAAGGCAAAAAAAAACUUCUUACGGGCAUUAGUGUUAUUUAUAGGAUGAGGAGGAAAAAUACUGUUGAGACUGUUUCUUUUUUACAUUUUUCUAGUAAGUGAUUUGCGUUUUGUAAAUAUUUUGUCAGUUUUUUUUAAUGCAUAUCAAGACUGUUCUAUUUUUUUGUUAAUUUGUCAUAAUAUAAGUGUGCUGAUGAGAGACACCAGCUUUUUCUAAUACCAGCUCUUUUGUGUGUUGGAGUGACUCUUCAACAUGUUGCUGCAAUGUGUUUUGUCCUGAUUGUUUGCUCCAUAUGUCUAAAUGCGUGAAUCUGUAGGAAUUUUAGUACACAAAGGGCUAAUGCUGACACCAGGGAUCUUUAGUACAGUAGUUUAUGAAUUCAUUGAGCUUUUAAUGUGUGUAUGAAUAACAGUGCAUAAUUGCUAACAUUUUUGCAGUUUAAGCAUGUCACCAGUUUGAAACACUCCAAUGAAAUUGUGCACACCAGCUUGGGUAGAUGUAUCAAAACCAUGCAUGCAGUACAUUCCCCUGCCUUUUGGAAUAACAGAAGUGAUUAUUUAUUUCUUUUGUACAGCUUCCAAUGAAAUGACAGUGCAUGUUGUAAAGCAAAUGUUUUUAAAAUGGAUCUUGUAAAUACUAUGUUUUGGUACAUCAAAACCUUGUGAAUUACAGGAAUGGAAAACCACUACUUCUGUAAAACUGUUUCUGAAAGGUGUUGAAAACAUGAACUUUUUAUACUAAGCCAGUUUAUAUCUGUUCUCCAAGUUUUUAUCUCAUGGUCACAUCUCAUUUCCUCAAGCUGUUUUUGUUUCUGCAGACAGGCAAGGCUGUAAACCUAUACUCUUUAAUAAGUACAAAACACUGUGCGAAGUGCAGGGAAAGUAGUUGCUUCAUGUUAGCAUCAGUGUCUUAGUGACCAGUCGUUUUCCUAGUCUGUAAUAGUCAGAAACUGAUGAUACAGAAAAGACAUUACACAUGGAAAUGUUGCUAGUGAAAAUGUUUGAUUGUCAUUGAUGUGAUUAAUCUUAAGAAGCAAUUGUCCGUUCAAACUAUGCAGACAUGUUGAAUGUGGGAAGUGCUCUGGGCUGUCUUUCACUCUUGCUUUAACAGCAUGAAGUGUUAGUUUCUAAUGAACCAAAUUGGCUUGGAAAAAGCUUCAAUUAUUUCAGCAAUAAUUUUACAUUUUCUUAGUCACAAUUCACAAUUUAAGAUAUCAUGUAUUUCAUAUUUAAAAAAAAAAAAAAAAAACAAUGCUCAAAUUGCACAGUUUUAGCCAUGGUGCAUAACAUCUCAAAUUAAUACUGGGGUGACAAUGUUUGCUUUGUUACGGGUGAAUAUUGUGACCGAUCUCAAACUCAUGAAUUGCCAGACGAGGCUCUGAAGUUGCUGAAUAUAUAAACUUUUCUGCGGCAGGGUAGAGUGCUUAAACACGUUUUAUGAUUGAGAGGAAUAUUGUUUCCUUUCAAGCUGGAAAAUAAGCUUGUAUUUGUCCUUAGGGAGUUGCCAUAUUGUUUUUGCGAGGUACAUUUUGGGAUAUGAGAUGUGCCUUAAUGAAUUACCUGACUUUUCAGUAUGAUAACCCAUGUAAUUUAUAUUUAUUUAUUUCAAAGCUUUUUUUUUUUUUUUUUUUUUUAAACUGAAAUUUUGAGAACUGGUGUGGAGCCUUUCAGAAAGUCUGUUUUAAUUUCGUGCACUUCCUUUGAACAUGCAAUGUAGAUGUUUUUGAAUGCUCUUUUUUUGUAUACUGUACCACAAAGUAGAUCUGUACUGUAAUAAAAUGGCAAAAAU